GAUCACCGGUUUCUCCUUUUUCUUCUUUCCUGAUGAAUUUCAUUUAAUUUUAUCUCAUGAAUUUCUUCAGCUCCUUCCUCUGUUUAAGAUCUGUGAUUGUUUGCCUUAACAGUCAUUGUUUAAUUUGAUUGAUUUUCUUCGAUGUCAAGGAUUUGGAAAUCUUCAGAACAUCCAUUGAGAACCAUGGUUCUCGAUUCUUUAUCAUCACCUCAUAGGAGAAGCCCACCAUCCUUUUCAUUCUCAGUCAAGAAACCAACCUCAGGUCAGCGAGAAUGGGGAUCCUGUUCAGCUCUCUUUGAGCGCCACCGGUUUCUUCUAACAAUGUUGAUCCUACUAGUGGUUCUAUGCACAGUUUAUCUCUACUUUGCUGUUACGCUUGGAGGCAGAGAACAAUGUUCAGGAUUGUCAGGAGCUGAGAAAGAACUUUGUAAGGCUGAGCUUUCUGCACUACACAAGGGGAAACUGAGACUAUUUUGACCCCAAAAGUUGCUUAAAGCAUUGGAUGGUUCAGUUGUAACUCAUUAUGAUGAUAUUGUUUGAUUUCUUGAACCAUUUUGGGUGUGUACAUGUGAAAUUCAAAUUGGCUGAACUUUUGUUAUCAGAAUUGAAACUAUUUUUGGCUUGAGAUGUGAUAUUCUUAUUUUAUUUC